CUCUAGUCCGAAAACAAUAUUCACUGCGAGCGGUUGUGUCGUCGAACGUAAAACUACGCGUCUCCGCGAAUGACGCAGACUGGAACCUUCCACUGGGUUGACAAACGGCUAAAAAACAUUCAACAAUAGCGGUGCACUUGCAGCUUACCGUUACCGCAGCAACAACAAUAACUUCGCUGAGCAGUAGAUGCAACCACAACAACAAGGAGAAAAGCAAUCACAAGGGGGGAGAAGAGCCGUUUGUUAUUGGCGCAUUAAAGAAGAAUCGCAAUUUCGCCACUGAAUAGUUUCUACAAACGCCAGCCAUGUCCGACGGAGCCAAGUCCAACAACAAUGCGUCCGCCGAUGUACCCGAUCCGGCCACUCCUGACGCCACUGGCGAAGCUGACGCGGGCAAUGCAGCCACUCCGACAACUCCUCGUGGCAAUCACAACAACAACAACAGCGCCAACGGCCGAAGCAAGAACAAACUGAAGUCUACGCAGAACAGCAGUGGAGGCGGCAGCAUAGACAAGCUGUCACCGGACCAGGACAUCUUCAUCAACGCCGCGGACGGCCUACCCAAUCAGCAUCCGUCGCUACCAAAGGAGGGAGACGUGGAUAGCGACACAGAGCCGGAGGUGGAUGCAGACUCGUUCGACGACCUACCCACCUCGAUCAUCGUGACCAACAUUCACUCCGAGGUGUUUACCAAUCCAGAGCUGAAGCACGCAAUGGAAGAGCUAUUCCGCACAUUCAGCGAAUCGGCCUCGUUCCAGUGGCUGCGCAGUUUCCGACGCCUGCGGGUUAACUAUGACAACGCCAUUGCGGCGGCAAAUGCGCGGAUCAAGCUGCACCAGUACGAGUUCAACAAGAAGACGGUUAUUACCUGUUACUUUGCCCAGCCGGUGACACCGGUCAGCAACAAGAACCUGCAGCCACCGGCGCCGGUCAAACAGUUCCUCAUCUCGCCGCCCGCCUCGCCACCAGCCGGCUGGGAGCCACGCGAGGAAGGCGAGCCACUGGUCAACCAUGAUCUUCUCGCUGCGCUGGCUAGCCUCACACCCGGCGAGUCGCACGAGCUGCAUCCUCAGAGCGAGGACCAGCCGGCCAUUAUUGUGCACACCGCCAUGCUACCGGAGACAGGGUCGGGACUCCAGGUGAAGGCGCCAAUUGUCCAGACCAAGUGCCCGGAACGGGCAUAAUCAUUACGUGGACACGAAACUAAAGCUGAAAACCUGAGUUUUAAAGCCAAACGAACGGGGCAACGGGUUGGGUCUCAUGCUCUGCGGAUGGUUGGGGCUUUGAUUGAGUAUUUUUUGUAAAUAUUUUCCGAUUCAAUUGUGAUUAAUUUACACAUACAUAUAAUUAGCUACGUUCGUAUGUUUGUAUUACUAGGCACUCAAACUCCCAUACCCAACAUACUUUUCCCACCCUUCCUUCAAGCGUAGCAUUUACCCCAGCUGGCUUCUGAUACAAGUUCAUUGGCAAGCAACCGCAUCUAGAUGUGUUUAUCUCGCGAUUUGAGUGUGUCUUUGUGUAAGAAUAUUGAUGUUAAGCCAUUGCAAAUACCUGCUAACAAUAUCUCUAUCUCUGUGUACCUUCGACGGGAAAUCGCUGAUAGAGGCGCUACCGAGAACAGCGAUCCGAAAUCCCAGAUAUAAAGCUACUAUAUCUAUGUAAAUGUUAAUAUAAUUCUAAGCCAGCGAAAUGGUGUAACGAUAUCGCAUCAGAUAUCGGCAUAAAUACAUACGUUUAUAAAUCUAUAUGCCUAUGUGUAGUUAAAAUUUAAAUUGAAAAUAUAUUCAAAUUCGAAAUGAAUGUUCUCAAAUGUACCAAACAAAACAAAAUUAAGAAUUACCAAACAAGAAACAAAAACAAAAGAACCAAAA